CCAGCUGCCACCCUGACAAGCAUCAUGUGAAGAUGCCUGAAUCAACGGAAGCUUGAAAGUAGAAGAGCACCUGCAGCUAGCACACUGCAGCACCCCGGCACACUGCAGCAUCAACCCUGCAAUGCCUCUGAAGGCUGGGCAGGAUUGUCUCAAAAACCAGAGAUAGUUCUGUCACUCUUCAGACUGGCUGAAGCAAGCAAGACAUACAGGUCUUCCUGCCGCGAUGGAUUACACCCUGGAACCCAAUGUCACCAUGACCGACUACUACCCUGACAUCUUCACCAUGCCCUGUGACACAGAGUUCCUCCUUGGAGGCAGCAGGUUGCAUCUUGCCAUCUUCUACUGCAUCCUGUUUGUGCUGGGUCUUCUGGGAAACAGCCUGGUCAUCCUGGUCCUUGUGGCCUGCAAGAAGCUGAGGAGCAUUACGGACAUCUACCUCCUGAACCUGGCCAUGUCUGACCUGCUUUUUGUCUUCUCGUUCCCCUUUCAGACUCACUACCUGCUGGACCAGUGGGUGUUCGGGACUGUCAUGUGUAAAGUGGUCUCUGGCUUUUACUAUAUUGGCUUUUUCAGCAGCAUGUUCUUCAUCACCCUCAUGAGUGUGGACAGGUACCUGGCUAUUGUCCAUGCCGUCUAUGCCAUCAAAGUGAGGACGGCCAGAGUGGGCACAGCCCUGAGCCUGGUGGUGUGGCUGAUUGCCGUCACAGCCACCAUCCCGUUGCUGGUGUUUUAUCAAGUAGCCUAUGACGAUGGCAUUCUGCAAUGUUUCCCAUUUUAUGACAAUCAGUCUUUGAGGUGGAAGCUCUCUGUUCACUUUGAAGUAAACACCUUGGGCCUGCUGCUCCCCUUUGCCAUCCUUCUGUUCUGCUACACCAAGAUCCUGCACCAGCUGCGGGGCUGCCAGAACCACAACAGCACCAGGGCCGUCAAGCUGGUGCUCAUCGUCGUCAUUGCCUCUUUGCUCUUCUGGGUCCCGUUCAACGUGGUUCUCUUCCUCACGUCCCUGCACGACAUGCAUGUCUUGGACGGAUGUGCCCUGAGCCAGAGGCUGGCUCUGGCCACCCACGUCACGGAAGUCAUCUCCUUCACACACUGCUGUGUGAACCCUGUCAUCUACGCCUUCAUAGGAGAAAAGUUCAAGAAGAACCUUGAAGAUGUGUUUCAAAAGAGUUGCAGCCAUAUCUUCCUCUACAUAGGGAGGCAAAUGCCAGCGGGGGCCUGGGAAAGGCAGCUGUCCUCGCGUCCACGCUCUUCUCACUCCUCUACCCUGGACUACAUCUUGUAGGAGGGUGUGCACAGGUUCAACCCCCAUCACUCUGCCCAGUCUCCCCUCCAGCGCCCCGCUUCCCCUCCUCUCUCUCCUGGUGUACCGACGGAGAAUCUCCCUGGCUUUGAACUCUCCAUCCUUUUGCCUCAGCCUCCGAAGUGCUACAGCACCACCCUUUGUUUGUUUGGUU